AACCAGUAGGAUGUCACUUGUGGAUUGUGAAAUCUCAUGACGAGUUUGAGUCAGACUUCAUCCGAGGAGGCAGUUUUAUUCGCUCGCGGUUAUAAAUUCUUAAAAAAGCUGGGUGAAGGUGCUUACGCAAAGGUAUAUCUGGCGGAGUAUAAACCGGAAUCUGAUCCAGAUAAAAAUAGUACCUUGGCAUGUAAGGUUAUAGAUACAGGAGUAGCACCUAAGGAUUUUGUACGAAAAUUUCUUCCUCGAGAACUUGAUAUCUUAGUGAAAUUAAAUCAUCCUCAUGUAGUGCAUGUUCAUAGCAUAUUUCAAAGACGUACUAAGUAUUAUAUUUUUAUGCGUUAUGCUGAAAAUGGUGAUCUCCUAGAAUUCAUUUUGAAGAAUGGUGCAGUUGCAGAAGGACAGGCGCGCGUAUGGUUUCGUCAACUUGCGCUUGGUCUUCAAUAUUUACAUGAAAUGGAGAUCGCUCACAGAGAUAUGAAAUGCGAAAAUGUUCUUCUAACAUCGAAUCUUAAUGUAAAACUUGCUGAUUUCGGAUUUGCUCGUUACGUAAUAGAUAAUCGAGGUAAGCGUGUUAUGAGCGAUACCUAUUGCGGUUCUUUAUCCUAUGCCGCUCCGGAGAUCCUUCGUGCAUCUCCAUAUAAUCCCAAGAUCGCAGAUCUUUGGUCCCUCGGAGUCAUCUUAUAUAUUCUAUUAAAUAAAUCGAUGCCAUUCGAUGAUACUGAUAUCAAACGACUGUAUGAGCAACAAACAAACCGUAAAUGGAAGUUUCGCAGUAAGAUUGCAGAAACUUUGAGCGAUCAAGUAAAGAAAUUGGUAGCUCGUCUCCUAGAACCUGAUGUCUCAAAACGAUGGAAGAUGGAGCAGGUCAUCAACAGCGAAUGGAUCGCUAUGGAUCCUAGACUUUUGAUUCUUACACCUGCUGAACAAGCAGCUCUUAAUAAUGCAAUGCAAGAGAAGAAAAAAUUCGAAGAGAAAUUUUCUGCGAAAGAUCCAAAACUAUUUAAAGUGGAAGAAAAGAAAAAGACCAAUGCAGAUCCCAAGGCAAAACCUGAAGAUGUCACCGUAAUUAAGAAAGCAGCAAGAAUGACGAUGUCCACCACUGUUGCUACUGGGCCGUAUUUUGCUAAUAAACGUAAUAAUAAUAAUAAUACUAAUAAUUAGUUGAAGAAUGUUUGAAAAAUAAUUUGGAUUCUUUUAUAAGUUUUUAUAAAAUUGAAAUUAUUGGAAAUUUACUACAGUCGAUAUCUGAUAAAUUAAAAUAACACUGUUAUUUGUGAAUGUUAUGUUGUGAAAAAUUUUCUACAAUUAUGGGAUUUAAUAUUUUUAUACAAUUUUGAAAAAAUUCUAUUUUAUUAUAUUCUAGGCUAAAUAAUUAUAUAUUAAUCAUUAAAAAUUAAACUUCCAAAUUAUUAUUAAAAUAUCAAGAAUUAAAUAACUUAUCAUACUUUUUCAUAUCACAUAACGAUAAUUAUACAUCAUAUAUUAAAUAUCAAAAUCAUCAUUGAAACAUUUAAUAAUUAACAAUAAGUUUUCAUUAAAAUUUUUCAAUUGUGUUUACAAAGUUAUAAUGAAUUAAUUUAACAAUCUUUAAUUUCAUAUAUAUCGAGCUUUCAUCAAAGCUGUUUCAUUUCUUGAAAUACACUUUACAUAAUAAUUGAAUUUAUCAGCAACAGUUUCUAUUCUUCCUUUGAGGGGAAUCUCAAUAAUAUUACGAGGACUAGCUAAUCCUUCAAGAUCCCAUAUACCAUUUGAUAGUAGUAACAAAAGUUGAUUAUUCGGAGAUCUAUUUAUUAAAAAUACGUCCGUAACAGGCAAAAUAUAUUGUUGUAUAUUUCCCCAUGGUUGAUAAAGUAAUACUAGAGUCUGUGAGAUCAAUCGCAAGAUAAUCCAUAAUCCAAAUCCAUGCCAUUUUUGUUCCACAAACGCAUCCAUUAUGUUGGGAAAAUAUAAAUCUGAAAUUUUAAUUAAAUAUAUUACAUUGUUAUAAUUUUUCAUUAUUUUUAUUAUUUUUAGAUUAUUAACAACAGUCUGUAAAGCAUUUAUAUACUAUGCACGCAUUCAAUUGUAAUUUAAAAUAAUGUUAUAUUUAUUUCGAGAAAAUAUUUUAAAUUGUACAUUUUUUGUAUGUAAAUGAAUAAAUUACACAAUUUUCCUCUUUUUCUAAAA